GUGGAACCGUUACGCAGGUACGUACCGGUUUCCCAGUAUAAAAUAAUACUAGGCAACGAGGAGGGUGCUAUUGUAAGCUGUGUCUUCUCCGUCCCCAGUAGUUGAGCACCAGCCAUGGUUAGGGUGGCGUUCUCGCCGCACCCCUUACUGCUGGUCACAUUAGUGGUGGCUGUAUGUGCGUCGUUUCCUUAUGCCGUUAUGGCAAUAGACCUUAGUAGACUUUAUGGACAUAUCAGUUCUAAACGCAAUGGAGACGCAUGCCACCCUUAUGAGCCUUUCAAGUGUCCUGGGGACGGAAACUGUAUAUCAAUCCAGUAUCUUUGCGACGGAGCUCCUGAUUGUCCCGAUGGAUACGACGAGGAUUCCCGCUUAUGUACAGCUGCAAAACGGCCACCAGUUGAAGAAACUGGAAGUUUUCUAAAAUCGUUAUUAGCAAGUCACGGACCAAACUACUUGGAAAAGUUAUUUGGGAAUAAAGCACGCGAUGCAUUGAAACCUCUUGGGGGAGUUGAUAAAGUUGCGAUUGCGUUAUCAGAGUCACAAACGAUUGAGGAUUUUGGAGCAGCACUUCAUUUAAUGCGAUCUGAUUUAGAACAUUUACGUUCAGUAUUUAUGGCUGUUGAAAAUGGAGAUUUGGGGAUGCUGAAGUCGCUCGGGAUCAAGGAUUCGGAACUAGGGGACGUAAAGUUUUUCUUGGAGAAGUUGGUGAAUACUGGCUUUUUAGACUGAACUAUACCAGACCCUGCUGCUGUCUUCUUUGCCCACCCCCAACCACACUUGCCUUUAAGCAAGUCCUUUUAUUCUUACCUUCCUUACUAAAUCUGUCUGUCUAUCUUCGUAAGCAGCAGAGUCCGCAAAUCCGUCCCCACCAGCCCCCUUCUUCAAAAAUCCCCCUCAACUGUCUCAGAGGGAAGAUAAUCACAAAAGCAACGGCCAAGCAACCAGACUUAUGAAUACAUAUCAAGCACCAAGGUAUACUUUGGAUACAUCACAUCACAUAUCAUUAGUUUUUAAACUAGGGAAUAUAUCUUAGAUUUAAAUAAUAUAAAAGGUGUGAUCACAAACUACAACGUAUAGUUUCUUACAAUGUUUCAAUCUCUCUGGAUGUUUUUAAUCAAUUUAAUGCACAAAACGCAAGUCGACACUUGCGUUGAGUGAUAUACUUGAUCGUUCAAACUGUAUAGGUAAUAAUUGUGAUCACUUUAAGAUAAUAAAAAUGACUCCCAAUACAAUUAGUGUGGCACUAAUCAAGUACAUCGCGAGGUGUAUGAAAAAAAUACCGGCCGGUCCGGCAGCCCCUCAAAUCAAUGCUCUCGUCAAUGCUAGGACCAAUGCAAAGGUCUUCUCCGAACCUCUUUGUCGUACAUGGUGCAGGACGACACUGCAGAUUCCCUUUGCAUUGUUUAUAUCAGCGAUUUUUAGAUAAUGUUGUGUGUGAAAUUAUGGCAAUCUGCGUGGAAUUCCAACUGGCGCCAGGUUUUGCGCGUUUAAAGGGCCUGACGCGCCCCCUGCCGCCAACUGGAAGUCCAUUUUGCCAUUGCAAAUUAUGCAAAUAUUGUGAUUUCUCUGUACAUAUCAUUAGUAAGUGGCGAAAGACGCACCUUUAAGCUGAGAUAACGACCUGACAUUUGCCAACUACACGCUAUAGGUACGUCUUUUGACUUAAACGUCCGCACAAUCACAUCUGCACGAGAUAUUAAGAUAUAUUUUUUCGACUGGUAGUGAAGAUGUUUGUGUUCUGUGUGCGCCGAAUUCUCUAUCGAAGGUUAUCUGGAUUGAAAUAUUUUACAUAAAAGGCUGGUUCAUUAUGUAUACAUAUCAAAUGUUUUUUAAUAAAUAAAUAUAUAUAUUAUAUAUACAUAUAAUCAUGACACAAUUAAGUUGUGAGGUAGAAUUUCUAAUUAAAUAAAUAUAUUAUCAAAUAAA